AUGAAGAAUAUUUUGGUGUAUGGCAUUUGUCUGUUAUUUGCUCUUAUUCAAAACGUAAAAGGUGUCCAUUUUUAUGCAAAAUCAGGGGAAACCAAAUGCUUUUAUGAACAUUUAUCGCGGGGAAACCUACUGAUCGGCGAUUUGGACUUGUAUGUGGAAAAGGAUGUUCUAUUUGAAGAGGACCCUGAAGCCACUUUGACGAUAACUGUAGAUGAAACAUUCGAUAAUGAUCAUCGUGUUUUAAAUCAGAAAAACUCGCACACAGGUGAUUUUACUUUCACAGCUUUAGAUACAGGUGAACAUAGAUUUUGCUUUACCCCAUUCUACAGCAAGAAAUCUGCCAGACUAAGAGUAUUCAUUGAACUAGAAAUCGGUAAUGUCGAGGCCCUUGAUAGUAAAAAAAAAGAAGACAUGAAUUCACUCAAGGGAAGGGUCGGUCAGCUGACUCAAAGGUUAUGUUCUAUUCGCAAGGAGCAAGACGCUAUUAGAGAAAAAGAGGCAGAAUUCAGAAACCAAAGUGAAUCAGCCAAUAGCAAGAUAAUGACGUGGUCUGUAUUUCAACUUCUUAUAUUACUGGGUACCUGCGCCUUCCAGCUACGCUAUCUCAAGAAUUUCUUCGUCAAACAGAAGGUUGUAUAA